UCCGGAGCAGGCGCGUGUCCACACGACCGCCAAAGAUGUCGGCCCUCGCUGCCCCAUGCCGCUGCUGCCGGGCUCUGUUAGCAGGGAGGGCUCUCCGGAGUUAAUAAGGCCAGGUAUUUCAUAGUUGCAGCAAUUCUGCAAACCUGACGUGUAGACUGGUUCUCAGAGUGCCAGGCUGUUGGCGAGCUUUUGUCUUGCCCCUUCCUCUUCUCCAGAAUCGACCUUCGGACAGGUUGUGGGGAAGGGAAGGAAGACUCUCCCCUCCUCUCCCAGGCAGACCCAGGAUAUCGCGGAGUCUCGGGAGAGGCGGUCCUUCUGAUGUUUGAGGAGACAGGCUUUGAGCCGAGGCUGGCGAUGAAGAGCGACAUCUCGACCUCUGCAGCCCCUCUUAAGGGGCUCGGGGCCGCCUUGCGGAGCAGCGAGCCCGCGCGCUUGGUCCCGGCAGCGUCUCCCUCAGUGCAUCUGCUGGAGGAGGCUGCCGACCUCCUGGUGGUACACCUAGACUUCCGCGCGGCACUGGAGACCUGCGAGCGGGCCUGCCAGAGCCUGGCCGACGACUCCUUGGCCGAAGAGCCCGCGGGCACCUACUUGGAGGUGAAAUGUUCUCUGUGUAUUGUGGGGAUCCAGGCCCUGGCAGAAAUGGAUCGGUGGCGGGAAGUCCUCUCAUGGGUCCUUCAAUAUUACCAGGUCCCUGAAAAGCUACCCCCGAAAGUCCUGGAGCUGUGCAUUCUUUUAUACAGCAAAAUGCAAGAGCCUGGAGCAGUGCUGAAUGUGGUAUGUUCCUGGCUUCAAGACCCAGACAACCAGCGCCUUCCAGAAUAUGGAGCUUUGUGUGAACUCCACCUACAGCGGGUGCUACUGCCUCUGGGCCACUUUUUGGAGGCUGAAAAGCUUGUGGUGGGCUCUGCAGCCUUUGGUGAGGAGCAGCGACUAAAAGUGCUCCAGACCAUUCAUACAGCGAGGCAACAGCAGAAACAGGAACAUUCAAGCUCCCAGGAGGUCCAGAAACUAAACCAGGAAGGCUCAUUUUCCCACAAGUUCCUGUCACUACUGAUGCUGCUUCGUCGGCUUUGGGACUGUGCUCUGAGCUACUUUCUUUCUCUAUCCUUCAAGAAGAGCCUCCUUGCCACAUUGAUCCUUUGUCUCUUGGUGGUAAGGUUUGAUCCAGCGUCUCCUUCUUCCCUGCCCUUCCUCUACCAGCUGGCUCAGCUCUUCCACCGGAUCCGGAAGGCCAUGUUUGCUCGCCUCUACCAGCUUCCCCUCCAUGACUGAGUAGUCUUCCACCUGCACCCUGGCCUCUCGUUUUCCACCUUUGUAGGAGAAUAUUCUUUUCCCUGAUGCCAGUCAGGCCCCUGUAGUAAUGGGGCGAGCCUCAUUCCAGGGGGAACAUUCUGGAUUGCUGCUCUUAUGCCCUUCUCUCUGCACCCAUUGCCUCUCCUUGGUGGAGAAUGUGGAAACAAAGUGGGGCCACAGCACACAGCUGUUAGAACUGCACCCUCUUAUACUCAGGCCUCUUGGGAGGAAGGGGUUUGGGAUCGGGGAAUGUGUCCCUGAAACAUUCCAUUUUCUUGGCAAAGGCAGGGGGUGACCUUCCAGGUCAGGGUGUUGACAGAGCAAAAAGUUCAGAAACAUCCUAGUGGAGUGACCCUUGACCUUUUACUUCCUUGAAAAACUUAUUUCUGAAUAUCCUCUUACAGGGCAGCACCUUAAUUAGAGUGAGUGAUAUCAGAGAGAACUUCUCUCUUUUCUCCUCUAUUUCUCUCCACAGACCUGUUAUAAUUGUGAAUCAAGCCACUGUUCCCCUGGUCCUGCAGUGGGUGUGAAGGCUUCCUGACUCUUGAGGCCUCUCCCUGCUUGGAAUGGGGCAUGGCUUUCAGAAUACCAAGGUGACCACUGAAAGCAAAGUGAGCCCGCUCAGUCUUUAUCACUGGGUAAAGUGAUCUUGCUUGGUGCCUCUUGGUCUUCAGCUCACUUUUCCAACAUGUCAGUGGCCAAACCCUGCUCAAUUACAUUCAGUGUCCUUGCCCACUCUUUCAGCCUGCCACUCUCUCUCUCCUUCCUGAAAACUGCCCCAUAGUUGUUUAUCUGUAUCAUUGUGACUUUGGUACAUGCAGUGGCAGAUCCUCCCCAUCAUGUCUGUCCUAAUUAUGUUCUAUCGUUUGUAUAAUGCCCAAGUUUUUCUGCUUCUGUAGGCUUGAAAAGUAGGCCAGCCUCAGAGGCUGACGAGCCGAAAAUGGAACUGGGUAAUCAGGUGAGCUGGAAGGAAUGUGUGGGGGGCUGGGCUGAGAUAAGAUGUGGUCUUUGAAGGCAGUGAACAAUAGACUUUAGAGGAGGAAACACUGGAGCCUUGGCAUUGAGGAGUUGAAACAUUUCAGUUUUGUUUUUUUUUUUUCUCCUUGGCCACAAAAAUAGUAUAUGUUUCUUUGUAAGUAAAUGUAGAGUACUACUGUGUGUCAGAAUCAUGAAAACUUUCAGCCAGGGCUGGCCUCUUCAUCGAAGUCCAAGCAAGCUGCCCAUACUGGGACCCCAGUCAACAUUGAUGCCAAGGAUACUUACUAGCUUGUGUUGGUCCAUUUUCAGGGUUUGUGAGUUAACAAUUUCUCUUUAGAGAAAACAAACAUCACAGACCCUUGGAAUUAAAUCUAAAACUCUAGGACAUGGUCCAACUCUUUGCAAGAAGCAAAUCUAUGCUUUGUAUAAUAGCCUUUAAAUUGAACUUAGAACCCCAAAAAGACAAAGGGAAUCAGGCAAAGUGUGAGAUCCCUCCUUUGGAGUAAAUUUUUCUUUGUUUUUGAGGUGGAGGUCUUGCAGUUUUGCCCAGAUUGGCCUUAAACUCCUGGGCUCAAGUGAUCCUCCUGCUUCAGUCUCCUUAGUUAAUGGGACUUAUGUACCUGGCUUAGGAUGAGUUCUCAAAAAUGAAAAUCUGGUCCCAUUCACAACCCUAGAGAAAAUCUUUAGUGGUUUCCAUGAUCCCUAGGAUAAAAUCCAGAUUCUUCAUGUUUGUUAAGGCCUGGUAGGUGUAGGUUUCGGUGAAAUACCUCCAUGUGUCUGGGGCCUCUAUUCCUUAGACAUGCUGCUUCCAGCCACCAGGCAAUCAGGGUUUCUUCAGGCCUCUGUAGCUUGAUGCUCCUGCUGGAAGGCCCUGUGUUUGUUCUCUGUCUGGGGAGCUCCUCAACCUUCUAGUCUUGUUCCAGGGAGCCUCUAGGAAUCCUUCCCCAAGUCCUCCUGCUUCCAGGCCCUUGUUUCUUUUCUUUUUUCCCCUUGUUUCUUAUCCCUUGUGCAGUCAUGACCUAUAGUUGCAUAAUUCCUCAUUGCUUCUGGUGCGCUGAGCUGUUUGAGGCUGGGGAGUGUGACUGUGGUGGUUUUUAAGAGUAGGGCUCAGAUCCUUUAUGUAAUCUUAUCUUUCUCAACCUCAGGCUCUCAUUUCUUAAGUUCUUAUCCCACAAGGACUUUUAGAUGAGUAAAGAGGUUGUUCAUAAGGAAGCACUUAGCACAUUCUGCCCUAGGGAGGAGCUCUUGUGAGUGAUUGCAGUUACCAGGUCCAGCUGUAUCCCAGGGCCCAGCAAGGAGCCUAGAAAUGAGAAGGUGCUCAGAGGGGUUAAUGAGUGGAUUGAUGUGACAUAAGAGGGCUACAUGCUUUUGGUAAGUUUGUGCAAUUUUGUGUUGUGAAAACCCUGAACAUAAAGACCUGAUCAUCCCCAACUCAUUGUUUUGCUCUCCCUGAAGCUCCCAGUGCCAUUCAGCUUGCAGGUCUUUAAGGUCUCUGUUCUGAACUCUGCAAUGCUUGCUGGGUACAGCCGCAGCUACCUGUCUAAUCAGGUGAGGAACUAUGGAUGUAGACAGGUGCUCAUAUGGGUCUUCAAUUCUGGGCUUAAUGAGGUCAAGUGAAGAGAGGGCUUUCUUGUCAGACUUACUAAACCCGCACUAUUCAAUACUUUGGCCAUUAGCCAAAUGUAGCUUUUGAGCAUUUGAAAUGUGGCCAGUCCAAAUUGAAACAUUCUGUAUAUGUAAAAUACACACUGGAUUUUGAAGACCAAAUUAAAAAAAAAACAACAGAAACUCAAAAUUAUUUUUAUGUUGAUUGCAUGUUUAAAUAAUAAU